AUGGUGAGUGCGGGGGGAUCGCUGGGGCGGCGAGGGGAGGCCCGGGCUGGCUCCUUCGCCGCUUCCACAUUCCCGGGAAGGUUUGUGCCCUUAGAGUUCCGAGGUGGGGUGUCUAAAAAACCCUCCCAUGUCCCUGUUGGGGGUCUCCGUCGUGGGUGGGGGGGGGGAGGGAGAGGAAGAUAUGACAUUUUGAGCAAUAAAUAUGACUUUCGACACAAAAAAAUAGAUGUGGCGAUGGCCUUCCGCUGCAGGGAUGGUUUAGUAUUUGUUUAAACCGCCUAUGUAACUGUGAGUAUCUUGGGGGGGGGUGUUGUUGUUACAGGUUUGUUUUGUUUUUGUUUUCAUUAUCUUUAUUUUGUGGUUUUUUUUUUAUGCUGCGAACUGCCCUGAGAUCUUUGGGGGAAGGGCGGUGUGCAAAUUUAAUAAAUAAAACAAGCACACCAAGUUAAAACUUAAAACAAUACAUUUUCCCAGACUUUUGGGAAUGCUAGAGAAGACUCCUGUCCCUCAAAGGAAAAAAACAGAAACUGUGAUGCUUCAUUGCAAGGAAAGGGCCAGAUUUUAAUGUUUUAAUGUUGUAUUUUAAUCUUGUUUUUAAGUUGUAUUCAUUCAGCUUGUUUUUAUUAUUGUUUGUUAGCCGCCCUGAGCCUGGCCUUGGCUGGGGAGGGCGGGGUAUAAAUAAAAUAUAUUAUUAUUAUUUUACCCACUUUGCAUUUAGUGGGACUGUGCUUGCCCCGCACCCUAUUUUUUGUCUUAUUUUAACUGCCCCACCCUGACCCACUCGCCCUCUGGAAAUGGCAGGAUCGGGGGUGCAUUCCAAAGAAUGAUCUGGAUUUGUUUCUCUUUGCCACACUUAAGUGCCAUGCCCAAGUGUGUUUUCCUGUACUCCCUAAUCCAGGACGAGUAUACUUUAUGUCUGUACUCAUACCAGGAAUGUGGAUUAAAUUUCCCCUCGUCACUCACUGCAAGCAUGAAUGGAGAGGGUGUGGAGAUGAGUGGCUGAAAAAUGCUCCACUGGGGAUAAAUCCACAUUCUGCGAUGUGGAAAGUGCAGUCCUGUGUGUGCCUACUUGGAAGUAAGCCCUACUGAACUCACUCCCACAUAGGUCUGUCCAGGAUUGCAGCCUGAGUCCUUGUCCUUGUGAUGGGAGGGGUUGAGGGUAGGACUCUUUCCCCUUAAUACAGUGGUACCUCGGGUUACAGACGCUUCAGGUUACAGACUCCGCUAACCCAGAAAUAGUACCUCGGGUUAAGAACUUUGCUUCAGGAUGAGAACAGAAAUCGUGCUCCCGUGGCGUGGCAGCAGCAGCGGGAGGCCCCAUUAGCUAAAGUGGUUCUUCAGGUUAAGAACAGUUUCAGGUUAAGAACGGAUCUCCGGAACGAAUUAAGUACUUAACCCAAGGUUACACUGUAAAUGUUUAUUCCUAAAGUGGAGCAUGUAAUCUGCAUUGUCCCAGAAUACUUCAACCCUGUUCCCACUAAUGGACUCACAGUUGUCCAUGGAGGCGCAGUGCAAUUCUGUGUCCAGGGUAGCUGUCUACCAGCUCCAUCUGGUACGCAGGAUGAGGCCCUCCCUGCCUGCAGACUGUCUCGCCAGAGUGGUGCAUGCUCUGGUUAUCUCCCGCUUGGACUACUGCAAUGUACUCUAUGUGGGGCUACCUUUGAAGGUGACACAGAAACUACAACUAAUCCAAAAUGCGGCAGCUAGACUGGUGACUGGAAGCGGCCGCCGAGACCACAUAACACUGGUCCCAAAAGACCUACAUUGGCUCCCAGUUACAGGGAAUCAAGCAGAGGGCCUUCUCGGUAGUGGCGCCCGCCCUGUGGAACGCCCUCCCACCAGAUGUCAAAGAAAUAAACAACUAUCGGACUAUUAGAAGACAUCUGAAGGCAGCCCUGUUUAGGGAAGCUUUUAAUAUUUAAUGAAUCAUUGUAUUUUAAUAUUCUGCUGGAAGCCACCCAGAGUGGCUGGGGAAGCCCAGCCAGAUGGGUGGGGUAUAAAUAGUAAAUUAUUAUUAUUAUUAUUAUAAUAUUGAUUGAUUGAUUGAUUGAUUGAUACUUGGAAGCUAGUUCUCUUGUGGUCAAUGGGACUCCUUCAUUUUAAGUACGAUCUGGAUCAACACCAAUUGUGAUUUUUGUAUGUGUGUCAUUAUGCACUUUAGCCACCCUGGAAAAUAAUAACAUAAAGAGCUGUGAGAGGAUGGAAUUUUUACUUGGUAUCUCUUCCAAGGCACACCCUUGCCUAGUCAUUCUAAUCUGCUUCCGUUAAUGGUAAAUUUGGAACCGGGCUGGCUGUUGUGUUUGGCUAAUCUGGUGUAAAAGGUGGUGGUGUGUAUGCAUACAUCUUAAGUUCCCUUUUGGCUCCUUCUGUCCAUCUAAUUGUUCUCUUGGAGAAAGCUAAAGUAGAACAGUUGCACUUUUCCAAAAUGGGAUGCCGUCACUUUGGGAAUUCCUUGAGGUAAGGGUCCCCACCCCACCCACAACUGCCUUCUCUCCCCUCUCAUGGAGCCCAGAAAGGGCUGAAUCUGCUAUCUGCCUCUAGUCUCUUGGGCAAGUUCACACCAGUAUAAACACCCUCUUGUUCCUUUUCUGCCCACCCACCACUGCUGCUUAUGUUUAACUCUCUGUUCACCCUCCAGCCAUCAUCACGUCUUUGUUACUGUUCUUAUUAUGAAUUUUGUGUUGUUAUUUUGUACAGUGGUACUUCGGGUUAAGUACUUAAUUCGUUCUGGAGGUCCGUACUUAACCUGAAACCGUUCUUAACCUGAAGCACCACUUUAGCUAAUGGGGCCUCCUGCUGCCGCCAUGCUGCCGGAGCGUGAUUUCUGUUCUUAUCCUGAAGCAAAGUUCUUAACCUGAAGCACUAUUUCUGGCUUAGUGGAGUGUGUAACCUGAAGCGUAUGUAACCUGAAGUGUAUGUAACCUGAGGCACCACUGUAUUUUUAUGGCGUGAACUGCCCUGAGAUCUAUGGACGAAGAAGGGCAGUAUGCACAUUUAUAAUAAUAAUAAUAAUAAUAAUAAUAAUAAUGACCAUUCUUUGGAAGCAAUCAGUGUCAGCUGGUGGGAGGGGGCUGGUGCUUGUGUAGGGAGGGCAGUUCGGUUAGAUGGCCUUGGGUCUUGGUCUUGGCACUUUGGAAGCAAAGGAAUCUGCUUUCUCCUGUGUCAGGCCAUUGGCCCAUCCCACUCAGCAUUGUCUACACUGACUGGCAGCUGCUCUCCAGGGUUUCAGGCAGGGGUCUCUCCCAGCUACACCUGCAUGUGCUGGGGAGUGAACCUGGACCUUUCUGUGUGCAAAGCAGAUGUUCUGCCAGCUGAGCCACGGCCACAUCCCCUUUGUAAGUUUUUCACUCGCCCUGCCCAACCUCUCUUAAAUUCUUAACUCCUUGCGAUACUCAAAAGGCUAGUUCUCAAGGAAAUUGGCUUGUGUGCUGAAAGCCUCUUUCAACAGGCUUCGGUUAGACUUUAGAGGCCUUGAGCUGUUUUGUUUGUGAGAGCUCCUAGCCUUAAGUCUGGCUGUGAGUAAAAAAAAAAAAAAGAGAGAAAAGUAGGGCAUGUCUGUCUUGCAAAACCUAAUCCAGUUUUACUGUCAAGAUUUCUGCCUCCUCCCCACCCCAGGAAUUAGGUGCUUUGUGGGUUUGCACAGGAGCUGAAGCUCCUCUACUAGAUUCCUCACUCCUCUGAAUAAAAAUUAUUUUUAGUUCCAGCAAAAGAAACAAUGAGAUGGUCCCUGCCCCAAACAGCUUACAAUUGAAACAGCAGUGGCAGAAGUGGAGUCCCUCUGCCUCCCACCCCAAAAAAUCCUCUGGCAUUUAAACAGGUUUUAAACCCUUGCACAGAAGUCAUUCCAAAUCCCCGCACGGCAGGGAGAUGUAAGCUAGAGACUCGCAAAUGCUUUUCCUUCUCUUUUCCUUGGCAACAGGGCUGCAGUAAGCUGUUCUGGUGCUUACGGGUGCCUUGCUGGCUCAGGGCCUCCUAUGAUGAGCAAAUGAUUUCUGGGUGGUGCAAGUACCUGGAAGCAGCCUAUUCAGGGAACUGGGCUGUGCCUCCGCCUGACGCAAUCGCUGAGCUGCAUUUAUUUGUGAGUGUAACCGCCAGGAAUACAUUUUCACAAAGCUACUUGUAGGAGUAGAGAAGCUCAGGCAGGAAUAACGAAGGACGUCUUUUGCGGCAACAAUUUGCCUCUUCUCUCCUGUUUCUGCUCUUUGCUGUCCUUCCACUUGCAUCAGCUUGGCCUUUCCAUGCUGGAAAUGACUAUCUGAGAUGGAUUUCACUGCAGAGAGCAAAGGAAUUUGCAGGAUAGGUUUUGUUUUGUCUUAUCUGUAUAGUGUAAGAUGAACAUUGAGGCAGUGAUGUAUAUCCAGAAACUCUCUGGUGUGGCCUAAGUCCUGGCGGGGGGAUAACUUCAUCUUGUCCCUUUAUUUGCUUAUUUUUAUAUCCCAACUUUCUUCCAUGGAGGCAUACACGAUUCUCCCCUUCUCAUUUCAUCCUUGUAGAAACCUUGUGAGUUGUGGUUCAGCAACACCUGGAGAGCCAAAUGUUCCCUAUACCUGGCUUAUCUCAUCCACCAUCAGUGGCCAACCAGAUCACCUCUAUUUCUGGACUUUCCCAGUGGCAUGAGCAGAAAAGUCCUUUUCCUCAAGUUCUCCGCUUGCAGCAGGAAUAGGGAGGCGUGCCUGGACUCCCGACUCCCGCCAGCCAGCAUGACCAAUGGUUAAGGGAAAAGGGAGCUGCAGCCAGCCUGGCAAUAUCUAGAGGGGGCACAGGUUCCCUAUCCCUGGUCUGCAGUGACCUUCCUCAUACUGGGGCUACAACUCCCAUCAGCCCCCGGUCCCACGUUGGGGAAGGCUGGCGUUGGCAAUACAGUGGUACCUCUGGUUGCGAACGGGAUCCGUUCCGGAGGCCGUUUCGCAACCUGAAAAGAAAGCCUGCGGAUCGCCGCUUCUUCGCAUGUGCGUGACGUCAUUUUGUGUGUCUGCGAGACCUGCGAAAUCCGGAAGUAACCCGUUCCGUUACUUCCGGGUCGCUGUGGGACGCAACCUGAAAACGCGCAACCUGAAGCAAACGUAACAUGGGGUAUGACUGUACUGAGCAGAUAGAAUCAUAGAAUCCUAGAGUUGGAAGAGACCACAAGGGCCAUCGAGUCCAACCCCCUGCCAAGCAGGAAACACCAUCAGAGCACUCCUGACAUAUGGUUGUCAAGCCUCUGCUUAAAGACCUCCAAAGAAGGAGACUCCACCACACUCCUUGGCAGCAAAUUCCACUGUCAAACAGCUCUUACUGUCAGGAAGUUCUUCCUAAUGUUUAGGUGGAAUCUUCUUUCUUGUAGUUUGGAUCCAUUGCUCCGUGUCGGCUUCUCUGGAGCAGCAGAAAACAACCUUUCUCCCUCCUCUAUGUGACAUCCUUUUAUAUAUUUGAACAUGGCUAUCAUAUCACCCCUUAACCUCCUCUUCUCCAGGCUAAACAUGCCCAGCUCCCUUAGCCGUUCCUCAUAAGGCAUCGUUUCCAGGCCUUGGACCAUUUUGGUUGCCCUCCUCUGGACACGUUCCAGUUUGUCAGUGUCCUCCUUGAACUGUGGUGCCCAGAACUGGACACAGUUCAACGGCUGGACUUUGUGCAAGGCUGCUUCCUCUGUUCUCACUGCAGGAUCACAGAGCACAAAGCAUUUCAGAAUACAGUGGUGCCUCGGGUUAAGAACUUAAUUCGUUCUGGAGGUCCGUUCUUAACCUGAAGCCGGUCUUAACCUUAGGUACCAGUUUAGCUAAUGGGGCCUCCCGCUGCUGCCGCACAGUUUCUGUUCUCAUCCUGAAGCAAAGUUCUUAACCCGAGGUACUAUUUCUGGGUUAGCGCAGUCUGUAACCUGAAGCGUCUGUAACCCGAGGUACCACUGUAGUUACUUGUUUCCUCUUAUUAGUUUCUGGGGCUUUGCGCCAGACCUGCCAACAGCUGGGGAUCAGAGAGCUGUGGCUGACUUAAAUGUCUUAAUAAGAAUGUCUUAUUCAUCUCCCUCCUCGUCUCUCCUUCCCUGCCCCCCCCCCCCCCGCAGAGUGAAUCCCUCGUGGUUUGUGACGUGGCUGAAGACCUUGUGGAGAAGCUGAGAAAAUUCCGUUUCCGCAAAGAGACGAACAAUGCUGCGAUUAUCAGUAAGACGUCUGCCCACCAGGGUUUCAAGGCCUUGCGCUGGGUUGGGGUGGAGAAGGAUCUGCUGAGUAAGAGCAGAGGGCGUUGCGGACUCUGCAUUUGGCCUGAGGCCUCCUUGCGCUUUGCUUUCUGAGAGCAGAGUUGAAAGAACUUUUGCAUUUGGAUGUCAGCAAAAAACGAACAAAAAAACCCUGUCCUAGGCAAUUUGUGGAGAGCUGGUUGAGUGGCAACCUUUGUGUCUGCCGCAGGUUACCAGUUGGUUGAAACCACCGGAUGGGAGAGAACUUUUGUGCUUGAAUCCUGCUUGCUAGUUUCCCGCAAUCCACUGUGAGAACAGGGUGAUGGACUAGAGGGGACCAUUGGCUUGAUCCAGCAGAGCUCUCCUUGUGGAUUUGUGAGUCCACUGAAUGGCCAGAGGCAAGAUGCAGGCACUCAGUCCCAACUUUGUAUAGCGGGAGAAAUGUUGUUGGAAGGUAGUGAUCAGUGUUAGAAACUCAAAUAUAUAAGCUGGGCGGCAAAUGGCUCCUUAAACCAAGGUUACGAUUGCCAAAGCGGAAUGCCUAGAUGCCAUUUUGGAGCCAGGCGGCUCGAAGUUGGUCCCUGAAAUUCAUUCUGGUUGUGCAGAUAAAAUACAAAAUUCUACAGGACGUGGUAUUAGUGUGUGAAAACAGCCAAGAUUCAAGGAUCCCCAGGCAGCUGCUUUCAGGUGGUGGAGCGAUCAGGCGCUAUAUUGGCGCCCGGUCAUCUUCACUCGGUCGCAAGUGGCCGAUAGCCAGGUGCAAAAUGCGCCCGGCGCCUGCCUAAUUUCGAAUGCUGGCAGUGAGAAGUAUUGAGGUGGGAAGGGGAAGGCGCAAGCCAGUAGUGGGCGGAGCAAUGGCCGUUGCGAUUGCCUUUGUUCAGUCGGCCAGAUUCCAGCCGUUCAAAGAUAAGGGGGCUCUCUCACAUUUGGUCUGCGCACAAACACACAUUGUGUAUACAGUGGUACCUCUGGAUGCGAACGGGAUCCGUUCCGGAGCCCUGUUCGCAUCCUGAACAGAACGUAAGACGCGUCUGCGCAUGCACGUGACGUCAUUUUGAGCGUCUGCGCAUGCGCGAGCGGCAAAACCCGGAAGUAACCCGUUCCAUUACUUCCGGGUCGCCGCGGCACGCAACCUGAAAAUGCUCAACCUGAAGCAUAUUUAACCCGAGGUAUGACUGUAUAUAAGCCUCAUUCCAUGCAAGCAAAAGGUAUUCUUGGUUGGAGGACACAAGCCAGCCAAAUAGGUUUGGGGACAGGGGGAGGGGCUUGAGGAGAGGGUGUGUGGCUUAGAGGGAGGCCUGAGGGUUGCCUCUGGCCCUGGGGUUCCCCACUUCUGCUGUAGCAAAGCAGUAGGGUAUUAAAUGGCCAACAGAGUCUUGGAGGCAGUUUCUCCAAGUUGUCCCAAAUUAUGUCAACACCGUAAUUAAGCUUCGGGUCUGUCUGUCCAGAGCUGACCUUGUCGGCUUCAGUGGCUCUUCUGUGGAGCCUCUUUUAUCAUCCUGAGGAUCCCUUUAAAAAGAAGAAAUCGAAAGAGAUUACUGCCCUCAUGGUUACAAAGAUAAGUGGAUUUAUCGCGGCUUAUGUUCUUUUCCAAAUGUUUCUUCUUUCUCCUGAUUCUCCUUCCCUGCCCUGGUUGAGCAAACGUCUCUUAACUACAAGAAACUGCCGUCGUGGCAUUUGCUAUGGGUGGUUUGGUGACGUUGGGCAGUAUUUAUGUGUGUGUGCAUGUGGAUGAACUAUUUAUAGCCCACCAUAAUAAAACACAAGUUACAAGCUAGCUAGCAAAAAAGAAAAGAAAAGAAAAAUUGCUCAACAGUCACCAGGCAAAAACACAUCUAAAAGCACCGUUUUCAUCUGGUUCCAAACAGCAAGAAUAUCUUCCUGGAAAAAAGCAAGUUCUGUAACUUGGGGGUGCUGUGGCUGAGAAGGCCCUGUCCCUGCUGAGGUGUCCCUCAUCUUAAAUUUAUGCACCUGGUUCUUCCUGCCUAAGUGCAGAACCUUACAUUUGUCACUAUUGAAAUUCAUUUUGUAACCUUGGGCUCAGUUCUCCAAUCUGUUAAGGUAAUAAUAAUAAUAAUAAUUAUUAUUAUUAUUUAUACCCCGCCCAUCUGGCUGAGUUUGCCCAGCCACUCUGGGCGGCUCCCAAUCAAGUGUUAAAAACAGUACAGCAUUAAAUAUUAAAAACUUCCCUGAAAGGGAAUCGUAUUGAAUCAUAGCUGUCACCUUUUCCCUUUUCUUGUGAGGAAUUCUAUUCGGAAUAAGGGAAUUUCCCUUAAAAAAAGGGAAACAUUGACAGCUAUGUAUUGAAUCCUGAUUCUGUCUUCUGCGGCAUUAGCUCCCCCUCCCAGUUUGGUGUCAACCUCAGAUUUGAUGAGCAUCCCCUCUUUUACUUCAUCGCAAGUCAUUUAUAAAGACGUUGAACCACAACGGGCCCAGGACAGAACCCUGUGGCACCCCACUUGCCACCUUUUUUCAAGGAUGGUGAGAAACCUUCCCUUGUGGUAAAACAACAGAGCAAAGUCUUAAUAAAAGCUUUUGUUUUUAUUUUUUUUAAAGCAUGUUGUUAAUAGCAACCCAUGUUGCUAAUAGCACACAGUGAGUGCAGGCGGGUCGCCAGUGAGGAGUCAGUGUUACCCUGUAAUCGCCCUCUGCCACAAAGACACUCCUUUUCUGAGUGUCUUUGUGGCAGAGGGUGAUGCUCAACAGCAGGGAUGGGAAACCUCAGACUCGGGGGCCACAUUCAGCCCUCUAGACCUCUCUCUCUGGCCCUUGGAACUCUUCUCUGGGCCUCACCCCUCGUCAGCCUUGCUUUGCACCCUCAUUGAGUGUUUUUGCCUGGCUGGGAUUUGCCCUUGAACUUUGACAAUUUCCCCUGCUUGUCUACAUGGAGAACAGAGAAGGGUUUCCUAAUAACAAUAAUAAUAAUAAUAGUAAUUUAUUUAUACCCCACCCAUCUGGCUGGGCUUCCCCAGCCACUCUGGGCGGCUUCCAAAAAAAAUUAAAAUACUGUAAUACAUCAAACAUUAAAAGCUUCCCUAAACAGGGCUGCCUUCAGAUGUCUUCUAAAAGUCUGGUAGUUGUUGUUCUCUUUGACAUCUGGUGGGAGGGCGUUCCACAGGGCGGGUGCCACUACCGAGAAGGCCCUGUGCCUGGUUCCCUGUAACUUGGCUUCUCACAGCGAGGGAACUGGCAGAAGGCCCUCAGAGCUGGACCUCAGUGUGCAGGCUGAAUGAUGGGGAUGGAGACGCUCCUUCAGAUAUACUGGACCAAGGCCGUUUAGGGCUUUAAAGGUCAGCACCAACACUUUGAAUUGUGCUCGGAAACAUACUGGGUGUGGAGCGUAAAUAGGUGUGGAAAAUAGCCUCUUGCACAAAGGAAAACAUACGCACCUGUCAUUCCUCCUCCUCCUUUUGCCAACUUCUAGUAUUCAGCCCUUGGAACAGUGUCCAGAAUCCUCUUGGUGGGUCAGCUGAGAGUUGCUCCGAACAUUGGCCUGUUAAUUGUGCUACUGUUAAUUGAAUUAAUUUAUUAUUUUGGUCACAGACCAGUUCCAGCUCACAUACAAAAUCAGGGAAGUCACGAAACACAGUAGGGAUGCAUUUAAAUUUGCAGUGCGGUAUAACAGGGACAGUACAGAUGCAGCAGCAAUUAAAAUAUAUAAAUUACAUCUUACUCACUAAAAUAUAACCUGAAGUUGUCAUUUAAAACCUUAAUCGUGGUGGUAUCACAGCUUGUUCCCUAAGUUUUAUGGCAAUCGCACAGAAUUUGGCCACCUUUAACGUGAUCUCUGGAUCUUUGUCCUCUACCAGAGAUUUUAAACAUUGGAGUUUGGACCCAUUUGGAGAUUAUUACUCUUAAUUGGCUGCAGCCAGAGAGUAAGGCAGGGCAAGCAGCCCUGUAAAAAAAGGAAGCAGUAGAACCAUUGACAUCAGUGGUCCUAGCUGAGUCGUGUUCAUUAAUUUCAGUGGGUUCAUUUCAAUUUCUUUCUCCCUUUUAUUAUAGUGAAGAUCGACAAGGAUAAGCAGCUGGUGGUUCUGGAUGAAGAACAUGAGGUUUGUGGAUGGUCUAUUUAUAUAGUGUGGAUUUUGUGUCUUCGCCUCCAGCUACAAACUGCUUCCAAGCUGGGGCUGCAACUUCUCACAGCAAAGAUUUUCUUAUUGCUGGAUUUUGAAAGUGAACCGCUGCGCCAUUUGGAAAAUCGUUUCUUUGUCUGUAUUCCACGCCACACCAGCUCUGCCCUUUGCAAUGUUGGUUCCUGCAGGAUGCUCUGAAACCACGCCUGGGUGGUCUUGGCAGAAGUAGCAACGUCGCGCUUGGCAUGUCUCUUCAGAAACAAACCCCACUGAGUUUAGUGGGCUUUAUUUCCUAGCUUUUGCCAAGCUGGUGCUGUUCAGAUGUUUUUGACUACAACUCCCAUCAGCCACAGUAUGAUUCGUCCCUGCUGGGUGGAGCUGAUAUCUGAACAGCACCUGGUGGUGGCGGUGAUGAUGAUUUAAUAGAUUUAUAUACUAGCCUUCAUCAUAAGAUAUCAGGGUGGUUCACAGAAUAAAAUGGUCAAGGGCUCUUUAAGGGAACAUGCUUCAGAUAAUAAUAAUAAUAAUAAUAAUAAUAAUAAUAAUAAUAAUAUAUAAAUUAUUUAUACCCCGCCCAUCUGGCUGGGCUUCCCCAACCACUCUGGGCAGCUUCCAACCAAAUAUUAAAAUACUGUAAUACAUCAAACAUUAAAAGCUUCCCUAAACAGGGCUGCCUUCAGAUGUCUUCUAAAAGUUUGGUAGUUGUUAUUCUCUUUGACAUCUGGUGGGAGGGCGAACCACAGGGCAGGCGCCACUACCGAGAAGGUCCUCUGCCUGGUUCCCUGUAGCUUUGCUUCUCGCAGCGAGGGAACCUCCAGAAGGCCCUCGGGAGCUGGACCUCAGUGUUUGGGCAGAACGAUGGGGGUGGAGAUGCUCCUUCAGGUAUACUGGACCUUUGAGGCCAUUUAGGACUUUAAAGGUCAGCACCGACACUUUGAACUGUGCUCAGAAACGUACUGGGAGCCAGUGUAGCUUGGAUAACUUAGUUACUGUUAUGUAUACCAUUUUAUACAGCUGUUGGAUAUAUCUGUGGGAUUCCUGUGUGCACAACCCCGUCUCUUGUUUUAUUUUUAAUUCUACCAGGGCAUUUCUCCAGAUGAGCUAAAAGACGAGCUGCCCGAGAGGCAACCUCGAUAUCCUUUUUUUGGCGGCGGCAAUAUUUUGCUUUAGAAGAACCCAUUUCCGGUCUGCAUAUUGGUGCUUGCAAAAGCCUCAAGCCAUCACAACCAGCUCUGCCUGGGCAUGUGGGUUGGGCCAUGAAACAGGUGUACAAAUCGAUGGGUCACUGGUGGCGAUUCCAGGUUCAAUCCUCACAUGGAAACCAUCAUUUGUCCACAGACUGCUUUUCAGGUCAUGUGGCCAGCAGGACUAAAUUGCUUCUGGUGCAACGGGACACAAUGACAGAAACCAGAGUGCACGGAAACACCAUUUACCUUCCCGCUGCAGCGGUACCUAUUUAUCUACUAGCACUGGUGUGCUUUCGGACUGCUAGGUUGGCAGGAGUAGGGACCGAGCAAAGGGAGCUCACCCCGUCGCGGGGAUUCGAACUGCCGACCUUCUGAUCGGCAAGCCCAAGAGGUUCAGUGGUUUAGCCCACAGCGCCACCCAUGUCCCUAUGGUGUAUUACAAUAGCUACACUAGGCAGAAAAGCAGUUACCGUAUUUUUUGCUCUAUAAGACUCACUUUUUCCCUCCUAAAAAGUAAGGGGAAAUGUGUGUGCGUCUUAUGGAGCGAAUGCAGGCUGCACAGAUAUCACAGAAGCCAGAACAGCAAGAGGGAUUGCUGCUUUCACUGCGCAGUGAUCCCUCUUGCUGUUCUGGCUUCUGAGAUUCAGCAUAUUUUUUUCUUGUUUUCCUCCUCCAAAAACUAGGUGCGUCUUGUGGUCUGGUGCGUCUUAUAGAGCGAAAAAUACGGUAAGUGGUCUGCCAAGAACCUCGGCGAUUUUCAAGUGGUCCAUGGUGCGAAUAUUUUGGGAGCCACUGGCGUAGACAAUUUUAAGAUAGGUGGGCCAAUGUUCUGGCUUGGUACAAGGCCCCUUUUUACAGUUCUUGCCCACUAGGGGUGAGAGGCUGUCUUUAGAACGCCCAUUAUAAGCUAGGUAAGAGCUGGAGCCUCAAUGGACAAGCAGGACAUUGAACCUAAGAAAGGGAAAAUAUGAAUGGAGUGUCCACGCCCUUACCAAGGCAAAAAGACAGAUAUUGAUGAACUGGAAAGAUUUAAAUGCAGCUCUCUUCAAUGAGUGGAUAGAAUAUAUGUACAAACCUGUAACACAUGAACAAGCCGUUUACAAAUGUAGACUCGCCAUGGACAAAUUUAACAACAUUUGGAAUUCAUUUUUAUGAGCACUGUAGUAGGUUAAGUUUAGGUUAACUACCAUAACCAUCAUGUAAUGUUAAUAGUUUUUUGUUUUUUGUUUUUUAAACGGGUGUUUUUUUGUUUUAUUUAUUUGUUUUUUUGGGGGGGACGCAGGUGACACUGGGUUAAACCACAGAGCCUGGGACUUGCCGAUCAGAAGGUUGGCGGUUCGAAUCCCCACGACGGGGUGAGCUCCCGUUGCUCGGUCCCAGCUCCUGCCAACCUAGCAGUUCGAAAGCACGUCAAGUGCAAUUAGAUAAAUAGGUACCGCUCCGGCGGGAAGGUAAACGGCAUUUCUGUGCACUGCUCUGGUUCUCCAGAAGCGGCUUAGUCAUGCUGGCCACAUGACCCGGAAGCUGUACGCCGGCUCCCUCGGCCAAUAAAACGGGAUGAGCGCCGCAACCCCAGAGUCGGCCACGACUGGACCUAUUUUAUUUUAUUUUCACAUUUUCUUUUACCUGGUGCACUUAAAAUUUUAUACUUCUUAUUUUUCCGUAAAGAAUAUAACAAGCAAAACUGCAUUUCCCAGCGUUCUUUAGGGAGAAGAUGUGACUGUUUUAAAGUGGGAUGAUUCUGCUUUAAAUGCAUAGUGCGAAUGGGACCUCGGGGUGGAAAGCAGGCGGGGCGGGCGGGGAGGCGCUGCUCAGACCAAACAAGAGUCCCUGGGAAGUGCUUUCAACUGUCUGGUACGAUCAUGGCCGCCUUUAGUCCAUUUUAGCGUUUCAUUGAUCCGAACGUAGCAGCCCCAGGUAUGAACUGCCCUCCUCACCUGUAAACUCUGCUUAAAAACUGAGCACGUUGCAACGGGCAGGUUUCAAGAUCCUCUCUUGCCCACCCCUCCUGCUUCCAUUUUCCUUAACUCUGAGAAAACGUUCAUCGUCUACAGCUACAAGUACCAGCACGAUGACGGGAGAGUCUCUUACCCGCUCUGCUUCAUCUUCUCCAGCCCCGUCGGUAAGUCAAGCUCCGGCUGGAUGAUGGGGGCAGUUUCUCCCGUACAAAUUCCUGCUCUGCGUGGGGUUGGACUGGAUGACCUUUUGAGGGCCCUUCCAGCUCUUUACAGUUCUGCGAAGCAAAACACAGCCGCCUGCUGGGCUUCAAGAUGGAGAUGGCUGAUUGCCAUAAGGACAGCAAGUUCCGCUGGGAGCCAUGUUUUAAUCGGACGGGACAAAAACACGUCUUAGGAUAGCCCUAAGAACAGCCCACACAUGAUCUGGGGCGAGGUUAUGUUGGUGAAGCUUGUGAAUCGCCCUUUUCAGGACCCCCAUGCUCUCAAUUUUAAGUGUAUACACCUGCCUUCGUUGGCCCGGCACCCUCCAGAAAUUGUUGUUGGACUACAACUCCCAUCAUGCACUGGCAGGGGCUGAUGGGAGUUGUAGUCCAACACCCUCUGGAGGGAGCCAGGCUGACAAAGCCUGGCUUAGAUUUCGGAGCCCAGGAGGUGCAACGCUUAAGAGUUGUCAAGCUAGGACCUGGGUUCAAAUCCCCACUGGGCCACGAAGCUCAUUUGGUAUGACCUUAGGCCAGUCAUUGCCUUCUCUCAGCCCAGCCUGAAGGAAUGGGUUUCUGUGUAGUCAGUUUGAAACAGGACCCAAAAAUCCCCUCCUCUUCUUUUUCCAAGGGAGCAUUUCUAAAAUGCAUUAACUUGAGCUGUUGAGCAAAUGCAUAACAAGAACACAGCUGUAUAAACAAAGCUCUCUCCUUUAUCAGUCACGGCAAAAGAUGACCUUGGCUGUUCCAGUGGAGUAGGGAUGACAUGUCUGGGUCUUCCCUUACUGCGCUCUGACGCACAGACCUAGUCCGGGAACAGCGCCAGAGUGUGUUCUUGGAGUUGGUGACCUCUUGCUCCAAGAUAAGAGCAUAGGAACAAGAAUACCCUUUUAUGGUCAGGAGUACAGGAAGGAAAACCCUUUUAUGGUUAAGAGUACUGGAGCAGGAACAUCUGUGAUGUCAACCUGCGUGUACAAGCUGAUGUGACUAGAUUCCUGGGGAAGGGGGAGAGGGUGCCUGGAGGAUAUAUAUACUGCAUGAAAUCUCUCAUUUCUUUGGACUUGCUGUGAACUGACCACGCAAGUGCCUCACAGUGUCGUCGUGGGGAUUAAAUUGGGGGGCGGAAAUGGGGAGCUCCUUAGAGGAAAAGGUGGGAUAUAAAUGCAAUCAGUUAAUAAAUGGAAAGGGGCGACUUGCAAGGGACGAGACUCUAGUAGAGCAGCUUUUGCCAACCAGGUGCCCUCCAGAACUACAGUUCCCAUUGGCCCAAUGGGAGUUGCAGUCCAGAGCAUCUGACAGGUGACAGGUUUAGCAGAGCAAGGAGCUGGUAGCGAGUGGGGAUUGAAAAGCAGCCAGGCAGUAAAAUGGCUGGCCUAUUCCAUCUGUACCCCUGCCCCGUUCCUCCUGAACAGACUGCCUUAAUGCUGGUCUUGCUUUGCUCCUGAUCCCGAUUUCCUCCCGAUAAUUGCAGGGUGCAAGCCUGAGCAACAGAUGAUGUACGCCGGCAGCAAAAAUAAGCUCGUACAGACGGCGGAACUCACAAAGGUAAGAGUGGAACGCUCCCAGAAUUUGCUGGGUACGAACUUACUGCAUUUUGGGGAAAGGUAGUGGCUUAAUGGGGGUGGGGAAGGCCUGACUGACUCCAGCUGCAAAAGCUGAGGCUGCUGAAGACCAUCUUGGCUGUGAGUCCUGGAAGAUCUGCUUCCUGCUUGCAGGCCUUUUCCCACCUGGCCUGGAAGGCAGGACCUUGACUGACUCCAGCUGCAGAAGUUGAGGCUGCUGGGCAGAAUCUUGAGCUGGGGUGUUGUUUUGGAUUCUUUCUUGGGUGCGGAUGCUGUUGUUGUUUUGUAUCAUUUUCAGUCCUGUUGUGAUAUAUAUACAGUACACAAAUUGCUCCUUUUGGUUGCAUACUUUAAAUGAUUGAUUUAUUGUUCAUGUCCACUUUUGUUAUGUUGCAGUGACGUGUUUUUUUUUCAUGUUGUAAGCUGCCUUGAGCAUGGUCUGAACUGUGGAAAGGUGGCGUGCAAAUGAAAUUAUGUCUGUGUUCUAGAGCAUCUGCCUUGUGUGCAGAGGGGUCCUUGGGUAGAUUCCCGACUCCGGAGAGCUGCUGCCGGUUGGUGUAGCCAGCACUGAGCUAGAUGGACCAAUGGUCUGAUUCGUCAUGCUAACUUGAUGCUUUCCCCAUUGCCUAAACUCUUCUAUCAGUUUUAAAUCUAUUAUCAGGGCAUGUGUGUACAGUGGUACCUCAGGUUAAGUACUUGAUUGGUUCCGGAAGUCUGUACUUAACCGGAAGCGUUCUUAACCUGAAGCGGACUUUCCCAUUGAAAGUAAUGGAAAGUGGAUUGAUCCGUUCCAGACGAUGAAAAAACACCCCCUAAAACAGCAAUUUAACACGAAUUUUACUGUUUCACGAGACCAUUGAUCCAUAAAAUGAAGGCAAUAAUCAAUGUACUGUACUAUAAAAUAAGACAGUAUUUUAGAUGAAAAGAAAUUAUUUCCAAACUCACUGUUUGGAGGGGGCUCAGGGUCCUCUUCCACAAUCACAGUGGCUUGGCUCCCGGCAUUCGCAGAGGCCUCAGAGAGCUCCGUAGGCCCUGCCGAUGUCCGGGUUUAACCCUAACCCUAACCCUCCAGGCAGCGGCGAGGCCUCCGAGAGCUUGGACAACUUACUUCUGGGUUACAAUCGUUCGUAACCCAAAAAAACGUAAGUUGAAGCGUUCGUAACCCGAGGUACCACUGGAAUGUGGUGCCCAUAAAAUUCUGUGCUAAGGGGAAAACUGAACUUUGUAGCCUGUGCGCAGUAUACAGAUCUGCCCCUAUAAAUUAGACAAAAUUACUCUGCUCUGCUAGUUGUGCAGAGAGGCAGAGAACUGGCACUGAGUCACUGUCUCUUUUUGUGCAAGAGAUCCUCUGGCAUGUGGGGGGAAAGGCGUCCUGUGGCUAGCUUCAGACUUCACUGGGCUUCCACUUCCUUUUUUUUUUUUUUUUUAAUUAACGUUAUUGGAGUUUAUAAAGAAAAAUACAAAGAUUAUUGUCAAAUAUCUCCUUUUUUGUGUGUGGUCCAAACGAAAACAUUGAUCCAGAGGCAAAAAAGAGAUGGAGAAGAGGGGUGGGGGAACUAGAGAGAAAGAAAGAGAGGAGGAGGGAGGGAGGAAUAGAAAAGGAAUUAAAAGAGAAAGUGGAAGGAGAAGAAAGAGAGGGAAAAAAUUAAGAAGUUGGUUUUCCAUUUCCAGUUUCAUAAGGGCUGGUCACUCAGCUACAUGCGCAUGAAUACACAGGUGUGCCAGGAAGCCAGGUGUGGCUUUGAGUGAUGGGGACACCCAGGCAUGCACACGGACAGCACUGGCCGAUGGCAUCCUUUCACCUCUGGAUAACCCUUGUAAGUUUCAGAUGGGUUGGGAAGGCGGGCAAGAGAGGGGCGCCCGCUCUCGCCUGCCUUCACGCCUAUUCAGGGCGGACAGGGACCAGUGCAAGCUGUCUGGCUCACAGUCUUGCAGAGCAAAUCUGGUGUGGGGAACUGGAUUUCUAGCUGUGUGCUCCAGCUUCCAAGGGAGACAAGAAUUAGACCAGCCUUCUCUAACCUGGUGCCAUCCACAUGGUUUGGACCACAGCUCCCCUCUGCCCCAGGCAUCUAGGGCAGGGCAAACCUAGACUUUCAGCUUACUGUACCCUUCAGCUUCCUAGGUAAAGGUAAAGGGACCCCUGACCAUUAGGUCCAGUCGUGACCGACUUUGGGGUUGCGGCGCUCAUCUCGCUUUACUGGCCGAGGGAGCCGGCGUACAGCUUCCGGGUCAUGUGGCCAGCAUGACUAAGCCGCUUCUGGCGAACCAGAGCAGCGCACGGAAACGCCAUUUACCUUCCCACCGGAGCGGUACCUAUUUAUCUACUUGCACUUUUGUGCUUUCCAACUGCUAGGUUGGCAGGAGCAGGGACCGAGCAACGGGAGCUCACCCCAUUGCGGGGAUUCAAACCGCCAACCUUCUGAUUGGCUCCCUGAUUUACCUAGCUUCCUACUGUGCCCUUAAUCCUCUGAGCAAGCAGCAGCACUUCCUAGCUGGCCUUUCUUGAGCAGGGUUGUGUUCUCCUGCCUGGUCCUUCCAUCGCUCCCCUGAGGAGACUCUUCCUUCCACCCCACCAUGUUUUCCAUAAUCGCCCUACUGUGGUUUUGAGUGCAGUAACUAAUCUGUACUGUGUGAUGGAGCUUCGCUCCCCCCCAUCUUUCCAUUUUACAUCGAUGCAUGAAUCAAUAGCGGUCUGAGCUGACAUCUCUGCCUGCAUUCAGAGGAAGCAUUAAAUAACACCGCAGUGGCUAAUGCACCCCUCUUCUGCUCCCCUGUUCCUCAGGCAAUUUCUAGGGCAGGGCAGCAGCUGCAGCUCUUCUUUUUCUGCCCCUCUGAGAGAUCCUGCAGAUCAGGGGUGGGUGACUCUCAGGCCAGCGGGCCAGUCUUGACCCACCCACAGGGUCCAAGUUGGCCUGGGAGGUUGUAUCCUCCAAACCACACUGCCCAACAGCAGACGUCUCUGGAUUAAGUAUCAGGGAUGUGCUCGGUGUUUGUCGUUGGCCUCCCUCUGUCUCGAGAGACAAUGGAGUGUGCCUCCGAGGGUGAAGUCGAAACUCUGUGUUAGCAGCACCGAAGUGACGUCCUUGGGGCGCAAGCCUGGGCAGGGGGUAUGGAGGUCCUGGGCUGACCAGAUAAAGAGGAGAAGAAGAGUUUGGAUUUGAUAUCCUGCUUUAUCACUCCCUUAAGGAGUUUGGGGAAGAUAGACUAAAGGAUUCCGCCCAAGGCCUGAUCCCGCCAAAGUUGUGACGUUUUGCUACGGGAAAAGCAAACCUGCCAAUGCAGAGGAAUUCCUUUCCGGCCCUUCAACAGCGACCUUGACGUAGCAGCGCCCGCGUACCUGUGGAGAAAAGGUUAACCUGCAAAAGAAGUCUUAACUGAGGGUGGGUAGGGUGGGAGAAGCUCUGGAGCCAACUGACAAUUCCCAGGUAAGAUCCUCCCCCAAUUGUGUGGGCAGGGUGGUCCCUCCCCCUACCUGGCCUGAUUACCUUGACAAAUCCUCCCCAGGCAGGAUUGGGCAACUGGCUGAGGUAGGCGGAGACCUCCAGGUAUCCCACCUGGCGAAAGUGAAGCCAAACCUGUGCUAAUGGUGCCGCAUAGGGUCCAGGGGGCUGCGCGUGACCACACAAAAGGUGCCCCUCCAUUUAAUGUGGGGAGCGAUUACUACGUAAACAAGACACGAAGAAGAAGAGUAGUAGUAGUUUGGAUUUGAUAUCCCGCUUUAUCACUACCCCAAGGAGUCUCAAAGCGGCUAACAUUCUCCUUUCCCUUCCUCCCCCACAACAAACACUCUGUGAGGUGAGUGAGGCUGAGAGACUUCAGAGAAGUGUGACUGGCCCAAGGUCACCCAGCAGCUGCAUGUGGAGGAGCGGGGAAGCGAACCCGGUUCACCAGAUUACAAGUCCACCACUCUUAACCACUACACCACACUGGCUCUCACUGAUGGGGUCCAAAGGAAAGCAGCGCAAGACAUUUGGCACCAGCUUGGCUGCAGGAGUUGCCAGGAGGAGGCACUCUACUCCAGAUUUACUCCUGAGCCUUUUUAUUCUCCUGAAGGGAAGCCAGGUUUACGAUCAGUGUUUUCCUUCUCUUAUAUUGGCUGCUUUCCCAGGUUAAUGAACCCCACCUGGCCCUCACUCCCCUCUGCAGCAUGUGCAGGAAUUGCCUUCUUGACCGUUCAACCCACUCUUGGUCUCGUCCGCUCAAUCCUCCAGAGUCCCAAGUCACCGAGGGUUUGAGACCCAUCUGCUUCCCUCACUCGGUUUAGCAGGCCAGUCAAAUCUGUUCCUGGGGUGUGUCGUCGCAUGCUGACAGCUUACCAAAGCAUUCUGCCUGUGCAAAGGUUUCACUGUUAGGAAAACGUUAUUUAAGACACAGAUAAAAGUUCCUAGAAGCUUUAAAGAGGGUUCCAGAUUUUUUUCUUUAGUGUGUAGGAGUGCCACUCUAGGCUUGAUUGGUGUCAGCUAGAGGUGUAGACAAAGGGAGGAAGUUGCAGGCUGCAAUUUCCACACGAGGAAAGCACACACACACACACUCUGUCAGCACACACGCUGACAACAAGGUUGGAAGUCAGACAAUGUGUGCUGCUGAUACUGUGAGUUUUGCUGUGUCAGGAUUGUUACCGUAUUUUUCGCCCCAUAGGACGCACCGGCCCAUAGGACGCACCUAGUUUUUUGGGGGGGAAAUAAAGAAAAAAAAUCCCCCCCCCAGGUGCGGGGCUGGAAGAACCAGGUCGGGGAACAGCGGGAAGGCGUGCUCCGCCUCCCCGCUGUCCCCUGAGCUUGUGGGGCUGGCGAUGGGGAGAAGCGCUGCUUUCCCCAUCGCCAGCCUCCAAAGCAGGUCGAGGAACAGCGGGGUGCAGGCAGCUCUCCCACGGCUUGCGGACAGCUUCCUGAAGCCUGGAGAGCGAGAGGGGUCGGUGCGCACCGACCCCUCUCGCUCUCAAGGCUUCAGAGAAAGCCUGCAUUCACCCCAUAGGAUGCACACACAUUUCCCCUUCAUUUUUGGAGGGGGAAAAGUGCGUCCUAUAGGGCGAAAAAUACGGUAAUUACUGGACUGAGAUUAUACCGUGCUGGAGAGAGAAAGAGGGAAUGUAAAUAGCCUGUAUAUGAUAGUAACAGAAAUGCCUGUACAAUCAGUCAAGCAAUAAAGAAGAUCUUGACUGUGAAUUUGAGUAUGACUCCUGUUCUUGUCCUCUGCCUCCGGGGAAAACUCUGCUACAAACAUUAAGACGUGGUUUUACCGAGGUGCCACCACACAAGCGGAAAAGCUUGUAUCGGCCGAGACCAUAGUUACUAACACAAUACCUUUCUCCCCCCCCUUUUUUUUUUACUAAAGGUAUUUGAAAUCAGGAAUACAGAAGACCUCACUGAGGAGUGGCUGCAUGAGAAACUUGGCUUCUUCCAUUGA